UAUGAUGUUAGUGGCUACACCCAGGGAACAUCUUUCUGUUGUUUGCUCAAGAUUUCCCACCACAUUAAUCCUGUCACUCAGCUGAUAAAUCAACUGUUCAUAAGUAAGCGUAUAAUUUACACUGGGGGAGGGUGAGGUGCGGAGGAACUGAUGUCCAGGAUGAUUUUUUUUCUCAUCAUACAGGUUGCUAUGCCUUACUAGUGGAGGAUGAUGGGCCUCCAUGCAGUGGCUGCAGUACUGAGGGCGGGAAAAGUACCUCCAACUCCUCUGCAUGUUUUUUUUUUUACUGUUUACUGUUGAUAUUGUCUAUUUUAAAAGACAUUAGGAUUGAACAUCAGUGAAAGAUAAAGUAGUAAAAGACACUUUUCUAUGUAGUAAAGAUGCAAACACAACACUCUUAGGCCUCUAUUAAGGAAACUGUACAUAUUAAAUUAGUCAGUUCAUUAAAAAUGCAGCAAUUCGCACAACAAGAGACUGUUUUUAGAUUAUACAGUUGUAUGCAAAAGCUAUCAAAGCUUGCAAACACUUUUUUGUGGCAGCUGAGUGUCUUUCUGUUCUUGAGUGAUGCAUUUUCACAUGCUCCUACUGCAGUUCUAAGAUAUUUUAGUCUGUCCUGCUAUCGAAGCAUGUUAAAGAUCUACCCACAGAUGUUCAGUGAUCUUCAGGUCAAGGGAACGUGAGGGAUUUUCCAAAAGCUUCAGCUUGUAGUUCAUGCUGAAUUGCGAGGUCUUGCUUUAGAUCAUUGCCCUCCUGUGGAAAUCAGUGUCUUUUCAGUUUCCCCCUCUUGACUGACUGCAGGACGUCUCUGCCUCUGUAAUGCACAGUGGAUCAGUGCACCACCUCGCCUGUGUCAGCUGAACCUUCCUGCACCUCCUGUGCAAUCACAUUGUUUUGUCUUUGCUUUGCCUUUGUGCCCGGCGGACCUGCAGCUUAUCUCAAAGUGUCCUUCGUGUUCCACAUGUUGUCUUGACUUUCACAGUUCCUCUUGACUGCUUCUUCUGAACGGAUGUCUUUUCAUAGCCUCCGCCGCUUCGUAUGCAUCAGUUAGCUUCAGCUCCAGCUCCACGGUCAGCUGCUUAGAGGAGGCGGUGAGUGACAUUCAUGAAAAUGCUACUGCUUCUAACUCUCCACUGGAGGGCGCCGUUUCCUGAUGGUGAUGAAAGGAGGUUAAAGAAAAGCAACUGACCUCCUGUUCUGUGGACGUUGCAAUUGAAAAAAAACCCCAAAACAACAUACAUCCUCUCUUCAGCUGCAGGAGCUUUAAAUCUGAUACAACAAACGUUCACUGUUUUUUGAAGCACAAGCCUGAAACUGACCCAAAAUAAAAGUCUUGACCCUGCUCUCUUCUGACAAGAGACUGUUGGAGUUUACUAAGAAAUACUCUGAAUUAAUCGAAGUGAUACUUUGUGUGAAUUCCCAUUACAAAAUAAGUAACUGUUGUCUAUGAGGCACUGGGAUUUAAAAUUAUUUACACAGACAUAAUAAUGAGUUUUUAUUCAUUCAAAGUGCAAUUUGUCGAGGUUAAGUGUGGAUUAUAGGAUUACCUAACAAAUACACGCUCUGACCCUAAGAACUAAGUUUUAAUUGUUUAUUAUUAAUUUAUAAUUUUUUUGUUUUAAAAUAUAUUGUACUUGUUUACUUGCUGUAUUUAUAUUUUAUUUUAUUUCUACUUAAAAGGAGAAGAUGAAGAGUGGAUUCAACUGGACACUAUCAGGAGCGUUCAUGAUCAUUGAGAAACUGUUAGCAACAGUGGUAUCACGUAGUUAAAAAAAACAUCAGGAAGUCACUUAAAAUUUGAUUUUCAUCGUAUUCAUUUGUGCAGCUGUUUUCUUUCAUUUCAACCAAUCACAAACAAAUAAAGUCUUCAACAAAAUCCUUGAGUACACUUUUGUAAUGCUUUAUAAUGCUGCUAUGAAAAUUUACAAUAAAUUUUUGAUUGUGCAUAUCAUUAACCAUGUACUGCCUGUUACAGUAAACAUUAAAAAAAACCAGAAAAACCAAAUACCAUUUCACUUUAGAAAUGAUUUGUUUGCUCACUGGAGGGGCAGUCAAAGUAAAACUAAGAGAAUACCAAAGGAUUUUGAUCCUCAAAGCAAAAACACUGUGAGAGAAACCCACAUAAUCUAUCAACUUUUGUAGACCACAAGUGGGUUAGAGCACAUUGCUGAUCUUAGGGCUGAUAAAAGUUAAGGUGGGGAAAUUUACACACGAGAAAAACAUGAGUAGGCAGGCAUUUACUUGUUAAGCGGAAAUUGGUUUCCUGUGGCAAAGAUCUUUAAUGUUCUCUUUCUAAUUUUGAUUAUUGCUUUUGAAUGAAAAUGUUUGAUCCUCUCUCAGUUCCUCUUUUUUGAAAACCUCUACGUGUUUGAGGUUGGUAAAAAAUUCCCCAAAAAAGUCUUCUUCUCCUUCACGUCUGAUCGGUUGACCUUUUAAACUGCAGCACACAUCGAGAACGACACGGGCAGAGGGCAAACAAAGAUGAAGGUCAUAGAAAAAUAACAGAGGUUCAAACUUUGCAACACAGCUGGUGGGGCGUUCGAGUACAGUCUUAAGAUUGAAAUCAUGAUAAGCAACGUUAAUGACAUUCUUUAGGCUCAGUAACUGAAGUCAGUGAGGUGUGAACUCAACUUCCUGUGUGUUUACAGCUCAGCCCUGAAGGAGGAACAUGCACCAAAAAGUACAAAUAGUUUCUCCCUCCUGAAAUACAUAUGACAACACGUACAGUACAUGAACUUGCUGUGCACUCUUGUUGUAGUUCCUGCUGUUUGGGGUCACUUUCCUAACCAAGCACAGGUGCAGCCUGCUCUUACACACCUCCCACUGCUCCAAGAGCACAACCGCCAGCUUGUCCAGUUAAGCAAGGGGUUCCCUCACAUGUCCUUAACAAUAUAAAAUCAUUGUAGGACCUUUCCUGUAGACAAUGAUGAAAGACGUCUCUUAAAUUCAAGAUUAUUAUGUGAAGCUCAUGUAAAACAGGGAAGUUCAGAUCAGGCCUAAAGUGAUUAACAGGGUUUUUAAGGACUUUUAGAGGAACUUUACUUGGACAGAAGUUUAAGUUAUUAAUAGCUGAAGUUCAACGUUAAAAACGGCAGUUGAGAAAACAACCUUGAGAUCUGUUUAGUAGUCGAUCACAUCACAUGAGUUAUUCAUGUUUUUUGAAGCUGUGGACGUUACUGUGAAAAUUAUAAAGAGUUGAGAGAAAUUAUAAAGAGUUGAGAGAAAACACAAAAAUACAGAUUUUUCACUAAAAGUCAAACGAGUCAAGCCACGUAAAAAUAUACUGCACUUUGAAUCAUUUUUUUUUUUUAAAUUACAUCUGCUCUUUCUGCUCUAUUCAAAAUGUAAGACUAUGAAUAUUUAAAUGUUUUUUGCUUCAAAAGUUUUAUUGCUGGAAACAAGAGGUGGGAGACUGGACCAUGAUUAGCUUUCAAACUGAUGUCAGAAAAUGCCUGUACUUACUCGUCUUAAACUCAGAUUUAAUGUCAGCACAGAGGGACUUUCUCCUUCAGCAGACGACUGUGAAAACAUCCCUCUGGUGUCAAACUGUCAAACAAUCAGUCUGCACAGUGAAGGUCAAAAAUCCCAGGGAAGUAACAAUAAGCACAGAAACAUCUCUGAGUUAAUAUAUGGUCAAAAAUCUUUUUUGUUUGGGCUUGAAGUUGCAGAUACUCCCAAGUAAUCACUGAUAGUUUUCAGCUUCAUGGAAGCAUGUGACAGGGGAAGGAAGGGAAGAUCUCGGCAAGAAAACAGACCGUUUGAGACUCUAAUCUUUUUUUGCUAAAAGUGCAACUUUCUAUGAAUUCAGAGUUCAGUGCCCUUUCAAGACAUCGUAAAGGAGAGGGGUUACUAUUUACUAGUUACUAUUUGAGUCAUAAGUGGUUCUUUGUGGUUUUUUCUGUUUUUUAAAAACAGUUCAAAUGUGACUUGAACAAAGGUCGAUCCCCCAUCCACUCAAAAAUUUAUUUUACUUAUUGUUGCUUCAGGUUGAUGUUUGACUGUCACAGUGCAGAAUGAUGCAGUUUGCACAUUCAUAGUGUAGCAUAAUUUAAAUGUCGUAAAACAUGUCUGGAUGGGAUCUUUAACUUCAAUGUGUUUGAUUUUUCUUACUAUUCUGAAAAACAAUUAAAUAAUUUAUAUAUUAGCUACUGGAGAAAUGUUCUGUAGUGUAUUAGAAAAUCCUUUAAACAAUCCUCCACAGAGAUUUUCAUUAAAACAAAACAAAAUAAUGUUUUUUUUUAAUGUUUUGAAAAUGCCUUUUAAAUAAUUUGGCUGAAAAUAGAAUAACUUAAUACAAUACAAUUUACAAUAAUACAAUUACAAAAAAUACAAAGGCAAUUAUGAUGCAAUUAUAUUCAGGUUAACCACCUACAUUUAAAAUAACUGUGACUAUUCUCCUGGAGCGGGAGCACUCGACAGUGUGUACUCGCACUACAGAGAUGAUAGGUGCAUUCGACCACAGUUCAUUCAGUUGUAGAAACGGUUGAAGAAGCAGGUCUGUACUCUGAAACAUUUCUUAAACAAAUGACUCCUCCACUGAUUCAAAAUGACACAUUUCCCAAUCAUGUCUGUCUGCCUGAGUGGUGCAAUUAGUGAUUUCAAAAUGAUAACAACACUCAGUUCUUUGGAAGCAAAAACAGCUUGAAGAAUUCCUGGAUGCACUAUAAAUAAAAUCACGUAUAUUUCUGCUUUGAGUCACAGAGGCAUCCUCAUUCAUUCAAACAGUCCUUUGCAUCAUUACUUUAACAGUCAUUUCUUUUGGUUUGUAUGUCAGAAUAACUCUUAUUUGAAAUGCUACAGUCUCAUAUGCUGAGCAGCUCUAUUUGUGGAAAGAAGAAGUACAAAGAAGACAACAGUUUUUCUUCAGACUCCAGGGGACCUUCUGUCUUUAUGUGAGUCCUACGAGCUGUGUCUGAAUGCGUCACCGCCCCUCAACACCCUGAGCAUAUAACUCCCUAAAACAUUUCCUCCUUGUUCAUUCUCAUGUGUGCUGCUUCUGUGUACAUCAUGACUGUGCUGUGACUGGCAGCAGGUUGUGGGUGAGAGAUUGUCUCAAAAACUCACUGUGUGGGCUUCAUGGUCUCUCAGUCUAUCAGUCUGUCCCAGGAGUCAUGGUUGCUCGUGGAUCUCAGUUUGAUUUUUUCAAAUCAAAAUGUUCUUCUUGUGCAGGCCAUUCACAUCUUUUCAUCCUUGGUGUGAUUCUUGCUUACUACACUACAGCCUGCUCUCAUGUUCACGCAUUUUCAGUGAGUUGCAAGUCAAAGAAAAUUCUUUCCGACUAUCAGCACUGUCAGCUUCAACCAGAUGGCGUCCAUGAUUUAAACUGUUUUGGUAAAUAUAUUGAUCGUGGUUCAAAAACGUGUGUGUGGAGACCUGGAAAUCACACAUCUAAAAAAACGUACACACUCAUCAUACAACAACACUCACAGUGCAAAGCAUACAAGAACAUCUCUACACUCUCUGAAAGCGUUCUUGUAUUUGCGAGACAAGACAUGACAGCUGAGGUCUUCGAAAACAGCGAGUCAAGAAACUGCACAAAAGCAGUUUUCAGGGCUUCACCAAAUAGCAUAUUGCGAUGUGGUCCUCCAGAUAAAGUCUCCUUCAGCCGCCAGUUUGGAAAACUCAGUGUGACUGUGAGCUGGCAAGAAAAUGACCAAAAUGUCAUUGAGUUUUACUCUGUGAGAUAUAAAGCAGUGGGCAGCCUGUUAUGGAACGAGCGUCCAGUGCAAUCCCAAAACGCAGGGAGAUGUACAGUGAAGAAUCUCAACUCCUCACUGGUGUACAGUGUACAGAUACAGUGUGUCACAAAUGAAAAAUGUUCACAGUGCCCAUGGAGUCAAACCUACACUGUCCCAUCAGAACUGACAACUCAGCCCGUCGAUGUCAGCCUCACAGAUACUGACUUUGGAGAGAAAAUAGGCAAAAGGCUGCUUUCUUUAAACUGGAAGUUUUCUGCAGUAGGGCUGUAUGACGGCUUCUGCGUGACAGUUGGUAAAACGUCAGGAGAGCGUCCGUGUGAACGGAUGAACACUGCUCAGCCUGAGAUCAGACUGAUUCUCUCCUACUCAUCUUAUCAUCUCAACAUCAGCGCUGUCAACAACGCCAGCACCUCCCCAGCUUUGAGCCUCACAAUACCACAGCGAGAGGACGUUCCCAGUAUUGCAGAUGGGAAGAUGAAAAUUACAGUCCACAGCAAUACAUCUUUUACUGUCUCUUGGAAAGAUGAUCUCAUCAAAACUUAUGUCUGCUAUUGUGUGGAGUGGAGGAAAAAUGGGCAUAAAACAAACUACAAGUCCUUUUACCAGAAUGAAGAAAACAACAGGACCUUAUCUCUUAUAGGAGAGCCUCUGGAGCCUUACAAGAGAUACAGCAUCACUCUGCACACACGACCAGAGAAGGAGACUUGCAACAUGAAGUAUAUCAACAACAGUGAGAGCACCUAUGGGAGAACCCAGUUCUAUUUCAAGGAAGGAUCUCCUGUCAGUGCGCCCACAAACAUCAGCACCUACAACGUGACGCUGGACUCAGUGGGGCUGCAGUGGUUGUCCAUCCAGGAGGACGACCUCAGAGGUUUCCUGCUGGGUUACAUAAUCCACUACGUAGAGAACGACCAAAGGGGGACAAGUACAGAGAAAAAUGUUACAGUGGAUCCGGAGUUUGAUACCUAUGAAUUGGGGGAUCUCAAAGAAGACACAGCAUACCAGGUGCAGAUAUCAGGUUUCACUCUGGUGGGAGCAGGAGUUCGAAGCACACCAUACGUCUUUAAAACAAAUCAGCAAGGAUAUUUUGAUGUUAACCGAGCAGGUCUCAUCACUAUCUUUGUUGUUGCGGCCGCUGUGCUGAUAUUUGGAUCUCCAAUAAUAAAAAGAGCAAAAGUCAUUCUUUGGCCCAGCAUACCUAACCCUGAAAAUAGUAAUGCAAUGCAGAAAAUAGAAAGACCCUGUGAAAUGGAACUGCUAGAGUCCAUCAGCGCUCUGAAGGUAGUGGAGUGGGAUACAAAUAGUCUUGAGAUAGUUGAGAAAGAGGCUGUUCUUACUAGCAUGUUACCGCUUUUCCACAACUCAGAAGAUGAGGUUGACUCACCAGAAACGACUGGUAACUGGAUCCAGAGAGACUCAGAGGAUGAAACUGAAGAUAGCCUUCCUCAUGAUACCAGCGACACAUUCUCAAAUGUAGAACAGACAAACUUCCAGAGUUCUUCGAUUGCCUUUUCAAGUGGAUAUACAACAAUGGAAAUGUUUCAGCAGGUGAGGCCUCAGGCCUCCCAAGCAUAUACAGCCGUCACUCCAGCCAUGGAAAGUGAUCCAGAGGACAUUCAUGAGGCUGUGGUGAAGUCAGGAUUGGCCUAUUUAAGACAAUUUAGUACCAGCCCAAUCUUGGGCAGCGAGGAGAUGACCACGAUUUCGUGACAACAGGUUGGGACUGGACUGCAGAGCAGGAAGAGGCAGGAACACGGCCUGAACCACUGUCCAUUGUCUCAGUUCUUCAUGGCAGGCCAGAGGUGGACUAUGAGAGUUUGCUGGUUGUUGUGGGUCAACAGCAUUGACUCAGUCUUAAAUCAUGAAUAACGAUACUACAAGUACAUUUAUCUCAGUGUUUAUGUCAACUGCCAAAAUUGCUGAAGUGUAUUAUAAAGAUGGAAGUCCAGUUUCACUUCUUAAGAUAGUUUGUUUUUCUUCUUAGCUGCCUUCUUCACAUACUUGUGAUCUCUGCUCAUUUAUGUAAAUGCACAUUACAUUUCAGUAUCUCAAAUUCCAUGUGUAAAUGUGAAUACCUCACAAUGCCCUCAUUUACAGGCCAUGAUUGACCCAAUAAACACAAUUGUAUCAACGUAAUCUUUGCAAUGCAGUUGCUCCACUCAGAUUUCCUCGUCAGAUCUCAGUCAGCCUUUUUAUUGCGUAUAUUCAGUUAUCUUGUUUGCAACACCAGGCGCCCGUAAGAGCAAGCAUAAAAAAAGACUGAGACAGCCGUUCUAGCACCUCUGUGAGGCUGUGAGAUAAGUCCUAACGUCUUCGUGAUGAAAUAGUCAUGAUGACAAUGAUAACGCAAGCAUUUAGCAGGUACACACAUAGCCAGAGGCAGUCACCCUUCUACUGAAAGAUUAAAAGAUUGAGAUAAAGUGACACUGAAAAACAUAAUUGGCAUGCACUGUUCUCUAUUCCAUUUUUUUAUAGAGCAGACUCUGUGGUUUUGAAACAUAUUUUAAAUAUUAAAAUUAAUGAAAAUGUCAUGGUAAAAAAAAUCAGGUUCCCUUAACCUAGCAUUGUGGCAGACUCUUUUGGGGCAAUCAUUGCAAUUAGGCACAUUCAGUAGCUCUUUAAAAGACUUCUACACUUCUCAACCGGCUCUUCUUGAGUAAACUCAGAUGAUGAUGUUUAGUUUGAUUAAGAUCAGGACUCGUAGGAGGAAGCCACCUCAGAAAGGAAAACUGUUGUUUUCUUCUCAUCCUUUCUUCGCUGUACAGUAUGUUUUGGGAGGAGCUAUGGCCUCUGACUGAGACACAGUUCUCGGACACUGGGAAGUGCUCCAGAAUGCCUUGAUGAUCUUAUCUCAUUGUCCCCUGCCCCCAUUCAAGGCUCCCUGUGCUAGAUGAAACAAAGCAACCUCAUAACAUAACUGAGCCUCGUCCAUGUUUCACAGUGGGGAUGAUGUUCUUUCCUUUGAAAGCUUCAUCUUCUCUUCUGUGAACACAGAGCUGACAUGACGUCACCAAAAAGCUCUAAUUUUCUUUCAUGUGUCCAAAGGGACAGUCUCCCAGAAGACUUGUGGCUGGACGGCAUGACACAACACAGGGACUAAAACAUUCGAAUGAAAAGUCUCUUUAUUGAGUGUUUUUGGAAACAGAUCAGAUAGAUUUUUAGAUUCAAACUGAAGAAGAUCAGAUAUAUACAUCCAAGGUCUUCAAAAACAGUGUUAGCAAAUCUUUGCAUCAAGCGCCCAGUCCCCCCAGGAGUAAACCAUGGAGUUUUUAAGUAUUUACCAUACGUAGUGGAUAAAGGGGUAUAAAAUAUAAAAAUCUUCACAUACUAUCAGUCGUGUUGGAAAUGCUUUUUUUUUUUUUUUUUUUUAACUGAACUU